UGUAAACAAACCUGGGGAUGUUCGAGUACGAAAUUACACUUGCUUGGACCAUAUAAUAAGAAUAAACUGUUGAUGUUACCUUCAGCUAGAUUUUUUGAGGAAAUACACUGCCCUUUUUUCCGACAGGGCUUUUGUGAGCGACCUUUCUGUCAAUAUAAACAUGGAAACGAUGAAAAGGUGGUUUCAACUUCAUAUCAGUCACGUUUCACAAGAUCAGCUGGAAGUGCAAGGAAUCACUUGACACUUAGCAAAAUGACCCCCCACAACAGAGAGGUGUCAUUUGAAAGGGACCCUUGCCUUUUGGAGUUGGAAAGGAUCAACAAAGAAAUUGAAACUGUGAAAUGUGAAGUGGAGAAAGAACAAAGACGAUUAUCCCACUACAAGAGCCUUCAGGGUGAAGGUGAUGGUACGAACAAAGCGUUGAUCCCCUAUAAUGAUUCUGUAGGUAAAGGCCAUAAACCUAUUCACUGCAGCACUUUGUGUCAACCGAAGUCCUCUGCUAUGCAUUCCCAUAUUAGCAAAUAUGUGGUUGACCAUUCCAAACCAAGAACAGAUUUGGAAUAUGACCCUUUGUCCAAUUAUGCUGCGGAUGUGCGGUCAAGCAGUUAUGCAGAGCCCAAACCUCAACUCUGUGAUGGCAGUGAAGAAAAACCAUGUCUGAAGAGGCCAAGGGAAAAUCCCAACAAAGAUAGACGUGAGUUGCUAACUAUAGAGCUAGAGGACUCUGAUGAUGGUGUCCUUGUCAUUGAUAUUCCACCACUUGACGUAAAAAGGAAGAACCGCAGACGCCAAAAAUUGAGCAAGACAUUACCCGAAGUCCCUGAAAAUGCCAUACCUCUAGUCCCUAUAGCUGAUGUUUUGAUUCCCAUUCAGUCAUGCAAAGCAGAGGUCUCCACACCUGUCUUAGGGGGCACACAGUCCGAUUCUAACUGUGCUCAGCCCUCAACUGGGGUUACUGUAAAUCAGGGAAGUGAAUGUGAACAAGACCCCAAUGUAUUUGAAGAUAUAUCCAAGUGUCUGGAAACUCUCAGGAGCGAAAGCGAAAAAAUCGCUCCACUUCCAGAAAUGGAAGUUGUGCAGAUGAACAAGCAUAGUACUGCUUCAGAGUCCUCCACAACUAACUUGGUCUCCUGGUCCCAGAAGGAUCCACCAGGCAAGCAGAAGAGCAACUCCAACAUAAUGGUGCCUCAAUCGAUAAAACAAGAGCUUGCACCCAGUUGUGAUAAAAAAAGCAACUCCCCACUCCCAGCCAGACUGGUUUCAUUCCCAAGAUUUACAGAAAGUGACGGGGGUACUCUCCCAAUAUCUGUUAAAUCCAAUUCAAAUAUCCAGAGUAAUGACCAGCAGAGUACCAGCAUCCUUGAAAGUUAUUGGUUGCCUGUGCAACAGAUUCCACUUCCAAGUUUUCAGAAAACAGGAUCAGACUCCACCAAAGGUCACUCAAUGCCACCUGUAGAUCCCAAGUACAAUGACGAUCCAGAAUCCACAGCCGAUACCAGUCCUAUCAACCUGUUGCAAGGUCCAUCCACGUCUGGCAAUGAGGUGGACCAUCCUGACAUUUCCAAGGAUCAACAGUUGAACAAAAUCAGUGAAUCGGUGACCAAAACUGAUUUGAGCUCCGGGGAGGAAAUUCAUUAUUCAGACGUGGAGCUAUCUGACAGUGACCCCAUGGAAGAGUGUUACCGCAUCUUCAUGGAGGCCAACCAAGGUGGACAAAAUCCAGUGGAUCAGCGGGAGAGCUCAACUGUGGAGAUAUCAGACUUGGAGAAGCCAGGGAUGGAGAAGCCACCUCCCCUCCUGCUAGGACCAAAGAAAAGGGUCGCGCAUGUGUCCAAACAUAACGAGGUGAAUAAAAGCAGACAGCAGGUGAUUGUUCCACUGAGAGGGUCAGGCACACAUUUUCCUCAUCCCUCCAGAGUCCAGCAGCUGCAGCAGAAGGCCGCAGUGUUGACCACGGCCAUCAAAGGAGGCCAGGCGUUUGUGGCUGCAACUGCGCAGAAGAAACCAGUAACUCUGUUUCCUGUUUCACGGCCCCUCCCUGUGCAAACCACCUGUGUUAAUAUCAUACCUGUUGGAUCAACUAUACAAUUGGGCUCAAAUGUGCACUUCAUCAUACCGGAUAGGAACUCUGCUCUGCCCAUAACUCCGGUUCCCACCCAAGUAGUGUCACCACAGCACACUACUCUAACCCCUGCCAAGCCAUUCGCCUUCAAAAGGAAACCCAAGGCCCGGCCGGAGCCGAGCGUCAAAGUGCCGCAUGACAUACGUCAGCGUUAUGUCAACCUGUUCGUGGAGGAAUUCCUGAAAACAUCCUACACCGUGCAAGAUGCUUUUGAAAAGGCACUGGCUGAGGAGAAGAUGGUAUAUGAUCGUAGCAUCAACAAGCUGAAGUAUCUGAGUGUAGCUGUGAAUUCCCUCAAGAGAUUGAAGAACCAGAAUCUUCCCUCUGUGAAAGCAAGCAUUGAGGCCAGUUCCCAGGGAUCAAGAGGCAAAAUUUCCCUCACUCCUGUAGAACUACAGGCAAAUGAUCCAGGAGUUGCCGCGCUGUAUGAACAACUGAAGGAACAUGUACUAUUGGAGGUGGCAUUUAAGGAAAAUGGCUAUCCUCUUCAGAAUCCAGAAAAACCUGGCAGUGCCAUAUUGUAUGGGGAGGUGAAGAAAGGAAGCACUGACCCUAUGAAGAGGAUUUGCUGCCGGUGUGGAGCAACUUUCUCUGUCAGCCAAUCAGGGAGACAUGUCCGCAAGGAGGAGUGCAAUUAUCACUAUGGGAAAGUGGUUGAAAACAAAGUUCCUGGUGGAGUAGAAACUCGCUACAGCUGCUGUGAAGGAGCCAUUGGAACAACUGGAUGCCAGGUUUUUAAGCUUCAUGUCCAUGAUGCCAUGAGUCUUGAUGGCUUUGUGAAGAGCCUCCCAAAGCCCCUUCCUGAGAAUGACUGUCCUGGAGUGUUUGCGCUAGACUGUGAGAUGUGUUAUACCACUCAAGGUCUGGAAUUGGCCAGGGUAACUGUGGUAAACACCAGUUUGCAGAUCAUCUAUGACACCUUUGUUAAACCUGACAAUGAAGUAAUCGACUACAACACCAGGUUCUCUGGAGUGAGUGAGGAAGAUUUGAGAGGUUCCAGCUUGUCCAUACACAAUGUCCAGGAGGUGCUGCAGAGUUUCAUCAGCGCAGACACCAUCCUCAUCGGACACGGCCUGGAAAAAGACCUCUGCGCCCUCAAGCUUCUUCACAGCAGUGUGGUGGACCUGACUGUAGUGUUCCCUCACCGGCUUGGCCUUCCACACAAACACACACUUCGAAGCCUGACAGCAGAUUACCUCCGGAGAAUCAUUCAGGAAAGUGUCAAGGGUCAUGACUCUGGGGAAGACGCUACUGCUUGCAUGGAACUGAUGCUGUGGAAGGUCAAGGAAGAUGCCAAAGUGAAAAGAUGGUGAUUUCAAUAAAUUCCCCAUCGCUGUCCUGAUCCAUAUAAAAAAAAAAACCAAAAAAAAAACCCUGAUCAUAUCAAAUCCUGUGUUGAUUGGCACUGCACACCUCAACCGCUCUGUGCGCGCUGUAUCUUUCAGUUCAAUCAUUUUUUUUUCUCGUUUUAGCAUUUGCUGUUCAUUAUUUGCUGUUCAAAUGGUAACCCAUGCCUGGGUCUAAUGUUUAAGUUUAAUGUUGGGGCAGGGAUUGGGGGGGGGCAUACCACAUGCACUGGAUAUAAGUUAGAAUGCACUUGGAGAGGGAAAACCGAGAGCAAUGGAAUGCACAUCACUCCACCUGCAAUUAAUGUGAUUUCUAUACAUGAGCCUGCUCGGUGAUGAUGGAGAAUUUAAGUAAAUGCACAUUAAAGCUGUUUGAGUUGUGUGUAUGUUUGUUUACCUCUGACAUACUUGGUGUUUGUGUGUUGACUCGUACGUGAGAGGACCAUUAUAGUGAGACCCAGUCUGAAGCCAA